GCAGGCAGGAUGAGGCUCCUGAGCUGCCUGGGCUUUGCUCUUUUCUGCUGCCUCCUGGAGAUGGGAGCUGCCUACACCUCUUGGGGCUUUCUCCGAGGGGAGACGGAGCUGUGGGGGGCUCAGUCCUUGGGGCAGCCCCAUGCCUUCUCCCAGCCCUCCCCAUGGGCAUGGGUGGACGUGUCCCAGCUCCAGGCUGCAUCCCCACUGCACCCCGUGUCUGUGUGGUGCCAGGAGGCUCAGAUGGUGAUCACAGUGCACAGGGACCUCUUUGGUACCGGGCGCCUGGUCCGGGCUGCAGACCUGACCCUGGGUACGGCUGCCUGCCCGGCCACAGCCCAGAAUGCUGCUGAGAACGUGGUGACCUUCACGGCUGGGCUGCAUGAGUGUGGCAGCACCCUCAGGGUCACCCCUGAGGCUCUCAUCUACAGCACAAGCUUGAAUUACAACCCAGUCCACGCUGGCAACCCUGUUGUCAUCCGCACCAGCCCAGCUGUGGUUCCAAUUGAGUGCCACUACCCAAGGAGGAACAACGUGAGCAGCCAUGCCAUCCAGCCCACGUGGGCACCCUUCCACUCCACCCUCUCCUCUGAGCAGAAGCUGCUCUUCUCCUUGCACCUAAUGAACGAUGACUGGAGCACUGAGAGGGCCUCUACUGUGUUCCAGCUGGGGGAGGUCCUCCACAUGCAGGCGAGUGUCAGCGUGGGGAACCACACACCUCUGAGGCUCUUUGUGGACAGCUGCGUGGCCACCCCCAGCCCAGACAGGGGCUCCUCUCCCCAGUAUGCAUUCAUUGACUUCAGCGGGUGCAUGGUGGAUGGGCGGCUGGAUGAUGCUACCUCGACUUUUAUAUCCCCAAGGCCCCGGCUAGAUGUGCUUCAGUUUGCAGUAGAUGUGUUCAAGUUUGCAGGAGACUCCAGCAGCCUGCUUUACAUCACCUGCCACCUGAAGGUCUCCCCAGCCAGCCAACCUCCGGACCCUCAGCACAAGGCUUGUUCCUUCCACAAACCCAGCGGGCUCUGGGCGCCUGUGGAGGGCAUGAGGGCUGUGUGCUCGUGCUGCGAGACACAGAGCUGUGGCACAGCAUGGCGCUCCCUGCAGCCCUUCAGCCCAUCCCAUCAGCACAGAGGAAGGCGAUCCCACAGAGAGCUGCCCCUGGGUCCCACGCUGGGAGAAGCAAACGUGAUGCUGGGCCCUCUGCUCAUCCAUGGCCACCAGCAGCACCCAGCAGGCAGGGUGCCCUCAGCAGGUGCUGGAAGCCAUGUGGGGCUGGGGCUGGCUGCUGGCUUGGCCGUCCUGCUCCUUGCUGCUCUGGGAGCUCUGGUUGCCCGCCGGACGCACAGCAAUCCUGUCUGAAUUGUGUUCUCAACUUUUAGCUUCUGAUAUCCAAUAAAAAGUAAACCUGACCCACGAUGGGAGACUUCCUGGGGUCUGAAGGGGGGUUCUGGCUCAUGCUGUCCAUCCUGUCAGUAAGGGCUGGUGGGAUGGGGGUCCCUGCUAAGGGGGGCUGGAGAGGUGCAGAGAAGGUUUGACUCUUCCUGGGCUGCAGGGAGGCAGGAAUUCCAGUCCCUGCCCCAAGGACUGUUUAUGCAUUUCAUCCAAGGCUCGUUACAUAUAGAUAUGUGUAAACAGUCCUUGGAGCAGGGACUGGAAUUUCAGCCUCUGCUUUCCUCCUUCUCCCCCCCACUGCCACCACAGAAACGGGCUUUUCCUUUCGGCACUAUGGAGCUGAGGCUGUUCUGAUGCUCCUGUUCCAAAUCUGAAAGCAGAUGCUCUCUGCUGGGUGCAAACAGAACCCCUGAAUUCUGUGAUGGGGAAGAGGAAGGGUUUCUGUGUUUCUCCUACCAGCCUUGUUCUUAUGAGACUUUCUCUACUGUUAGCAAAGCUCUGGCUUGCACCCACGGGUGGCCAUUCCCCCUAGCAGCCCUCAUCCCCUCCUGAGCACAGUCCCUGGCUUCUUUCUGGCAUGCAGCUUUGUGUUACAAGCAGAAAGGAGCUGUGCUUUUAAGUCUCUUUUGUAUAACAUGGGGGGGAAGAAUGUUUUGCUUUGGGGCUUGCCCUGGGACUUUUCACCUCUGUCUCCUCCAGCUCUGUUCUUACCCUCUUUCCUGGCCUUGCUGGUUUGUGGCCAAGCCAUCUUCUGCUUG